AUUAAAGGCGUGCGCCACCACCGCCCGGCAAAAUAACAAUUUUAAAGAUGCCCUGAUUAAACAUUACGAGACAACCUCCAAAGUUCCAGUGAAUUUGUUUUCCAUUGCUGGACAUGGAGCCCGCCCUUAAGAUUGGUUUGUAUACCCAGAGAGACUGUUGGAGAGAACUAAUUUUUAAUUUCCAAGUGGUUGUCGGUUGUGGAUGGCUUCUGGGUUAGGAAUGGACUCGUGUGCACUCUUAGCUCUAGGACCCCAUCUGACACAGACCCAUGCAUUCCCCUUGCAUACUGCCACAGUCUCCGAGUUCAUGUCCGUCCUGUAGGCACUGUUUCCUUCCAUUCCUGUCUCCUAUAGUCUUUCUGUCACUUCUUCUACAAAAUUCCCUGAGCCCUGAGGGGAGGGAUUUGAUUGAGACAUCCUACUUAGGAUUGAGUGUUGCAAGGCUUCUCACCCUGUACCUGUCUAGUUGUGAGUCUCUGUUUUUAUUCCCAUCUACUGCAGGAGGAAGCUUCUACGAUGACUGAGCAAAGCACCGACCUAUGGCUAUAACAGAGUGCCAUUAGGAGUCAUUUUAUUGCUGGGUUCUUUUAGCAGAACAGUAGUAUUUGGCUUUCCCCUAGGUCCCUGGGAUCUAGUCUCAACUUCUUGGUCACCUGAGCAGUGUCAGGAAUAGAUUUCAUCUCAUGGAAUAGACCUUAAAUCCAGUCAGAUUGUGGUAGGUUACUCCCACAUCUUUUGUGCCACCAUUGCAACCAUGCAUCUUGUAGCAGGCCACCAGUGUAGAUGGAAGGGUUUGUAACUGGGUUGUUUACCUUUCUCCUUUGGCAUUGUGUAGCUUAUCUCCCAGUCCCAUGAACACCAGUCUCUGGGGUAGGCACCAGCUCGACGUCUCUGUGUUCGGUGCUGGUAACUCAAACCUAGGUGGCCUCAUGGAGGCCCCAACGACCCAGCCAGUGAAGCAGGAGAACCUGGCGGUUGAGGCCCUGACGCUCGACUCCCCGUGGCACCGCUUCCGCCACUUCCACCUGGGCGAUGCAGCAGGGCCGCGUGAGGCCCUGGGGCUGCUCCGUGCCCUGUGCCGGGACUGGCUCCAGCCGGAAGUGCACACGAAGGAGCAGAUGCUGGAGCUGCUGGUGUUGGAGCAGUUCCUGAGCGCCCUCCCUGCAGACACCCAAGCAUGGGUGUGCAGCCGCCGGCCCCAGAACGGAGAGGAGGCUGUGGCGCUGCUGGAGGAGCUCUGGGGCCCAGCAACCUCCCCAGAUGGGUCGUCAGCAAUGAGGGCACCUCGGGAUAUGACAGAAGGCCCGGGGGUCAGUGUUGGAAAGGAAGAAAGUGGGGUAAUUCCCGUAGGAACCGGGGCUUCCUCUGGGACAGAGGUACCCGCAACGGGGAACAGCGGGGCCAUGCGCCCAUACAAGCAGGAGCCGGGCAGCCCCCCACCAGCUCCACUGGCACCGGUCCUCCCUGCCUUCCUGGCAGCUCCAGGCACUGUGUCGUGCCCGGAGUGCGGCAAGUCUCCCUUGAAGCCGGCGCAUCUACUGCGCCACCGGCAAAGCCACUCUGGUGAGAAGCCGCACGCGUGCCCUGAGUGCGGCAAGGCAUUCCGGCGUAAGGAGCACCUGCGGCGCCACCGCGGCACGCACCCUGGCAGCCCAGGGCCUGCAUUGCGCCCCCUGCCUGCGCGCGAGAAGCCGCACGCGUGCUGCGAGUGCGGCAAGACCUUCUACUGGCGCGAGCACCUGGUGCGCCACCGCAAGACGCACUCUGGUGCGCGACCUUUCGCCUGCUGGGAAUGUGGCAAGGGCUUCGGGAGGCGUGAGCAUGUGCUCCGUCACCAGCGUAUCCAUGGCCGGGCGGCCGCUGUAGCUCAAGGGACUUCAGCACCGGGUCCAGAGGGUGGUGGUGCCUUUCCACCCUGGGCUCUGGGGUAGCUGUGGUUCUAAACACCUGCUGCAGGGUGUCAUCCCCUUAGAGUUCUCCCAACCCCAUUGCCUCUUCCCUUUCGGGCCCCAUAUCCACUCCUCCCUUCCUUUUGGAGUCCUCAGCUUUCACCCACCCCUGCGAAAGACCCUUCUCUCCUUCCCUCAUUCCAUCCCCUUUUCAUGGAGGAGAGACUUGCCCCAGGACACCCUUCAAGUGAGAAAGGGGGCUCAGGGAAGGAGCAGUGCCCCCACUCCUCCCUUCCAAGGAAGAUGAUCUUGAUCUUGAACCCCAGGACAGAGUCGGGGCCAAUGGAGAGAGGAGGCCUGGACCCGGAUCUGGUUCUCUCCACAGCCUAAAGGAAUGAGGUGGGGAGAGGUACCCGAGAAAGCUUGUCACAGAUGGCAGGUCACCAGCAUCUGAGAGAGUAAUAAAGUGACUGACUCAGUGUGUA